AUGAAUCAAUUCACCAUUCACCAUGUUGAUCAAGUAGUGGACGACGAAACAGAACCUAAUAACACUGCUUUCGGUAUUAAUUCUUCUAAAUCACAAUUUGUUUACGGAUGCGGAGAUGGAUUCUGGAAGAAACAAAGUGAUAUUAUUACUGUUACAAAAUUAAAUGAUACAUGUUUUGAUAAAAUUGAUUAUUUACAAAAUUAUUUAAUUAAUGAUAAGAUUAUUAAAUUUAAAAGUCAAGAUCAAUUGUGCAUAUUUCUUACGCGUAAGGGAUAUGUUUACAAAAUGGGAAAUUGUUCAUUUAUUAAUAAUAUUUCUAAUAUUCCUACAUUGAUUAAAUUUAAUAAUUUAAAUACUAGUGACAAAAUUAUUGAUUUUGCGAUUGGUAAAGAACAUGUUGUAUUUUUAUCUAAAUUAAAUUCCAUAUUUGGUAUUGGUAAUAAUGAACAUGGACAAUUGGCUAUCAUUGCUAAAAAAUCAAAUGAUGUAGCCGUUAAUUUAUUACAAAAUACAAAUUUAGAAAAGUUAAAAGUAAACAAAAUAUUUGUAACAUUUCAUUUGACAUUUUUCACAACAUUUGAAAAUGAAUUGUAUGUUUGUGGAAUGAAUGAAUAUUCACAAUCAUUCCAACCAUUUGUAAUUGAAAGUAUUGUAAAUGGUAAAUUACAUGUUGAAGAUUAUUUUACCUUAAAUAAUUUUAUGAAUGUUACCAAAUUAGUUAAUAAGAAUAUUGAAGAUAUUAAGGAUAUUAAAUGUAAUGGAAGAACUAGUUUCAUUAUUUUUAAUGAUUCUUCUAUUGUAAAUUCUAGAUUAUACUUUAAUUGA